CGUGUCGGCAAAGAAAUGUCACAAUAAUAUAAGCAAUCUAAAUACAGUAGAUUGUUGUUAAAGUAUUUACCUGGGAAUGGCUGCAAUUGAGAAAGUGAAGGUCGUCGUCCUUGGGGACUCUGGCGUCGGAAAAACCUCUUUAACGUACCUAAUUGCCCACAAUAAGCCACUUCUUUCACCGGGAUGGACGGUAGGAUGUUCGGUUGAAGUGAAGUUGCAUAGAUACAAAGAAGGUACCCAGGCCCAGAAUACAUUUUUUGUCGAACUAUGGGAUGUCGGGGGUUCAAAUAAUCAUAGGAAUACUAGAAACGUUUUCUAUCAACCAACACACGGAAUCAUUUUAGUGCAUGAUUUGACAAAUAGGAAGAGUCAAAUAAAUCUCCAGAAAUGGUUAUCUGAAAUUUUAAAUCAAGAUAGUACAAAUCCGAAUUACCAACACGUAGAUGUGGAUCCAGAGCAGUUUCUCGGAUCUACUCAAAUUCCCAUUCUUGUGAUCGGUACGAAAUAUGAUUUAGCCGAAGAAAAGCAAAGGAAAAAUCAAUACCGAAGGUUAGCGAGUAGUAUCGCAGAACAAUGUGGGGCCGACGAAAUAUUUGUGAAUUGUUAUCAAGCAAGAUCUCUCGCACCGGGUACAACCAACUCGGUGAAAUUGACGCGAUUCUUCGAUAAGGUGAUCGAGCGGCGCUACUACCCGCGCGGGCCGGCGGGCGAGCGGCGCCGGGCGGGCGCGCCGUACGUGCUGACGUCACCGGCGCCCGCCGCGCGCCCGCCGAUGUUCCUCAGCCCGCGCUUCUACCACAUGGACUGACACACGAGAUAAAUUUACAUCCAUUACGUGUUACUACUAACAUUGCGUAAGUAUUAAGUUAUUGAAAUUAUCAACAUUAUACAUAUUUUUUUCUUAUAAAUAAAUAAGGCUUAUAACGAAUAAUCAUAACAUUAUAUAUAAGAAGUGUAAUGUAUUUUCUUUGUGAAAUACUUAUGAUACUGUUACUUUCGUUUUAUUCAUUAAAUACAAAGGUUCAUCACUAAA